AUGACCACCGUUGUCGCCAAUCCCCCGGCCCCUGCCCAGCAUGCGGCACCGGCGUCGGCAGACGGAGUAGGCUCCUCGAGGACAUAUGCUCCCAUUGCGCCCUCUACUCUCUCUCCCCACCAAGUGACGCCCAACUCUCGCUCUAAGCUGCCACCAAGAGAAGAUGCUUCACCUACCUCCUCCAGCCCAGGUGCACAGCACAGAGCCGAGACAAAGCCCUCACCUCUUUCGUCUCGUGGCCCUGUCCCUAAAGUCGUAGUCAAGAAGGAGCCCACAUCGCCAGACAUGCCCACCACCACCAGGCAUCGGCCCCAGCGCCUAAACCUCGCCAACCACAACAUUGUCCACUCGUCGGGUGCCCUCACGGCACGACCCUCGGGCCAAGGCAGUGCUCACCUAGGCCUCCACGAUGUUGGCAUGGCCUGCCUCUCACCUGGCUUCCACACCCAGGACCCCGGCAUGCGCGAGCAGCUGCAAAGAAGCUUGGAUGUAAGAGAACGCCAAAGGCAGAUCAUCGAGGCGCGCCAGAAGGGCGGCAAGAGCGGACCAUCCGAGACAGAAGACACACGGGGCACAGAGAUUGGUGCUUUUGGACGGACAAUCAAGACACCUCAAACCUCUCGCCGGAAGGGCCCACCGCCCGGUCUUUCUAUUGCGCCUCCUUCACAUUCGUCCUUCUCCAACGACCGUGUAAUCCAGUCAGCGCCCAUCAACCAAACCUUUACUGGUCUGCGCGGCAAUGCACCACCCUCACGACAGCUGGCCAACGGCCCGUCAAACCUGUCGCAAUCAUCACACAUCCACCAUGUACCGGCACAGCAAACCAACAACCGGUUACCCCCCAUCUCAGACGUCUUCCCAGAGCCUCUUGGAACAGCGCGGAACCCCUACCAUCAGAACAGCCCAGGACACUCAUCGCAUUCGAAUGUCCAGCCCCCAAUGCCAUCACCGAGCUUCCCGCCCCCACAAUUUACACAGCCGCCCCCAACAUCAAGACCCCGAGAAUACAAGUCCGCCGAGGAGGCUGUUCAACAACUAUCCGGGGGUCGCGAGGAUCUUCUGCCCCGUCUGGUCCAUUACGGUGGUCACCAACCUCCAACACCCCCCUCGCCAAUGCCCAAGAAUGGAUCAUCAGCAUAUGCAUCCAGGCCUGAUCUGCACCGAAGUGGCAGCUCUCGGAGACGCGGACGCGACGAAUACGAACAAGACAACGGUACCCCGCCGCUCGGUCGCCAACAACCACGCCUCGGUCCCUUUGGCGCCGGCCGUGACUCACCAGAAACUCAACUGAAAAAGAAGGAAGAAUUCAUUGGACUGUGUGCAAGAGCUUGGGAUCUGUUUCACUCAUGA